CCUCGCUUAGUAAAUUACCUGACCUCGUUCAGUCUGCUUAAUGCCAGUUUCGCCAACUGCAAAAAUUCAUAGCUUCAUCAACGAGGUAUCGCCGCCGCAUAUGCAAGAUGAUAGGCCUUAGUCUGAAAAAACAUCACGAUCCUCGGCAUUAUGCUUCCCAGUAUCAUCUUCAUAAGUACGGGCCUCGGUAUCAUUUUGUGCUUGCUGAAGUUCAUACUUCCCGUUUGCACGGCAUCGCUGUCAAGUCAAGGGCAAAGCUAAAAUGUCGAGAAACAUGUUCAAUUGGCUUCAAUAUAUGCACUUCAAAUAUCUGAAUUGAGUAAUAAAUUUCGAGAUGACCCUUGCAAGUCAUUUAUUUGCCUCUUUUCAUGUUUCAAGAAAUCUUUCGCGAGGGACUGUAGCGUACGCCCGAUAUGUCAUCAUUAAGCCCUAGGUAUGUCCGCUUAGGACUUAAGUGAUACGAAGACUAAUCGCCUGUUUGAUGUGUAUGAUUGUGCGAGGUUUUGUGCGUUUUUGUGUUUAUGCAUUUUUUUAUGAGGCUCGAUCAUCGAAUUGUGAUCUUCGAAGAAGUGACGUUAACGGUCAAAGACAAUAAAUAUCAGGUAAACUUGUGAUGAAAAGACAUUAAGUCUUCAAUUAAAAUGAAAUUAACUCAAUGUGAUGUCCUCCAGAAACGCUAAUCCGGAAGAGGUCAGUUAUUUCGCUCUUUGUAUAAAGCGUCUAUUCGAACAUAGGUCCCAAUUUCUCGCGCAAGGGAUGGAUAGGGUCGACAGUAAAGGUAUCAAAUAUUAUACAUACACCCUACAAUAUCGUGAGAAUUUGUUGAAAUUGCGAUUAUCCACGGACUCAAUCUGCUCUACAUCAUUGUGAUUAGGGCGUCCAGAAACGACCUAAAUUUAGCUAUUGGCGAACGAAAAACAUGUAUGCCAAUUUGCAUGCAAACCCAAGCUUUAAAAAACACUAUCGACUGUACGGGUAGAAAGGCAAGAGCAUUGCCAGCAUCUUCGCAAGGUAGCAUCUACACUAUCAAUGUAUCAAAUGUCAGACGUUUAUUCUGUCCCCAGUUAAGCGGGCAUCCAUUCAUAGAAGAAGUCAACGAUCAUUCCACAGCAUUGAUUAAUAGUAAUAGUCUUGCUUUUACCAUAUUGUUAGCCAAUAUAAAAACGAUCAUAUAAUGCUGCAAUUAUAACGCAAGGCUCUCAAUAAAUUUUGAAGGUAAAUAUAAUUCGCCGAAAAAAGACUUACAGCAAAGCAAAUUUUUUGAAAUACCUGAAACAUAAACGAUACAAAGAGUUAGCUAGGUUUAAAUCUCUCUCAUCAACGGCUGCAAACGAAACUAAUGGCAAUUCGCGAAGAAAAGAUCUGGUGCACCAGGACAUUUGCAUGACCUCCAGAAGCGCCAGUGAGUACGUAAAUGAUGCAUAAAUGUGAGUAACAGAGUGUUUGUAGCACGUAGAAGUAUAGCGUGAGUGUUGUACGCAUGUCUCGACUUGACGUUACGAUUAGCAAUCUCAGUGCUGAGCAAAAGCCGACAUAGAAUUGGGGUUGGACUACAAGGGAAUCGCACCAUUGUUAAGGCAAGUCGUUAUACACGUCGUUUCUCGAAAGGAAAUGUUCAGAAGAUAAAAAACAAUUUAAAAAUAGACACGAAACUUCUGAACCUAGCUGCUAGUACGCAGCUGGGCUCAAUAAGUCCUCGCCAUAUGAUAGCA